AUAAAUCUAAUUUAACUAUAUCAGCUAAGUAUCUAAUGCUAGCUACUAAUCAUAAUCACUAUUUUUGAACUGCAAGUUUGUUUUACUAAGCUUCAAAUAUACAUUGAUAUUAUUUAUGCAGUUCUAUGUAGAUAUGAUAGACAAAACCAAAAGUUGUCGUAUGUUAGUGUAUUGCUUAAUAUUAACGUGAAUGCAUAUACGUAUCAAGAUGGCAAUGGGAAGUAUUAUUUGUGGAGCCAACACUCCUAAAAUGAAGAGAAAAAAGGCAAAGGUAACUGAACGCAGUUGGAUAGAGGCAACUUUUCAAAAAAGAGAAUGCUCAAAAUUUAUUCCUAGUGCUGAUGAUGAACACAAGUUUAUGCAAGUAAAGGGAGAUAAGAAUGCAGAGUAUGAUGUGAUCACUACUUCCAGAUGUUGUUGUGGAUAUUCUUAUACUCAUCACUGCAGAGCUGGUAUAGAUGUUCAAAGUUACACUCCUAGUAAUACCAAAGAAGAAGAUCGAGAACAAUGGUCUCCUGGAAAAAAUACACGUCCAUUUCCUACUGAUGCAUAUGGUACCAUUGAAUUUCAAGGUGGACCUCAUCCAACUAAAGCUCAAUAUGUGAGACUUGCUUAUGACACAAGGCCAGAACCAAUAGUACAAUUGUUGUGUCGAGAAUGGAAUCUGGGAUUACCUAAGCUACUAAUAACCGUGCAUGGUGGUCGAUCUAAUUUUGAACUGCAGCCAACUUUGAAAAAAGUUCUAAGGAAAGGUUUGCUGAAGGCUGCAAAGACAACUGGUGCAUGGAUAUUCACAGGUGGAACUAAUACAGGUGUAACAAGACAAGUAGGAGAUGCCCUGCUAUUAGAAAGAUCUCAAAGACAAGGUCGGGUUGUAAGUAUUGGCAUAGCACCAUGGGGAAUUUUAGACAAAAGUCAUGAACUUGUAGGCCGUGGAGGUGAAGUACCUUAUGAAUGUCUUUCAUCUCCGUGGUCUAAAUAUGCUGUUUUAAACAAUCGUCAUGCAUAUUUUUUAUUGGUGGAUAACGGUACCGGUGGUCGAUAUGGUGCAGAAAUUGUGCUGCGUAGAAGAUUGGAAAAAUAUAUUUCUAAUCUAAAAUUACAGCCAUACACACACAGCAGUAUUCCUGUCGUGGCAUUGGUAAUUGAAGGAGGAACAAAUACGAUUCGAUCAGUUUUAGAGUAUGUUACAGAUGUUCCUCCUGUUCCUGUAGUAGUCUGCGAUGGAUCAGGUCGUGCAGCUGAUCUCAUCGCUUUUAUGCAUAAAUACGCGUCUGAAGGAGAUGGAGAGAAUGGAGAGAAUGAGGGACCAUUAGAAAGUAUGAGAGGACAUCUUUUAGAUACUAUCAAACGCACUUUCAAAGUAUCCUCUGAACAGGCAUCACAACUGUACUCUGAACUUUUGCAAUGUACCCGUAAGAAACAUUUGAUAACAGUAUUUAGAAUAAGUCAAGAGCGGCCACAGGAACUUGACCAAACGAUUCUGACAGCUCUGUUCAAGUCCAAGCAAUUAUCCCCUGCUGAGCAGCUAUCGUUAUCUUUAAUUUGGAAUAGAGUGGACAUAGCACGCUGUGAAAUAUUUGUGUAUGGUCAAAAUUGGCCAUCGGGUGCUCUGGAACAGGCAAUGAUGCAAGCUUUGCAACACGAUCGAAUUGACUUCGUGAAACUUCUCUUAGAAAAUGGAGUCUCUAUGCGUAAAUUCUUGUCUAUACCUCGCCUUGAGGAAUUGUACAAUACCAAAGAAGGCCCUUCGAACACACUGGGCUACAUUCUCCGCGACGUUCGACCAAAUAUUCCACGGGGUUACAUGUACACACUGCACGAUAUCGGCCUCGUGAUAAAUAAAUUAAUGGGUGGCGCGUAUCGGUCGCAGUACACACGCAGAAGAUUCCGUAUGAUCUAUACCAAAGUGAUGAAGAGAUCUGGAGCACAUCCUCAACAUAUGCAUCGAAAUAGCUGCGUCCUGGGUAGCACUAGUCGUUACUAUUCGGGAUCUGGUAGUAAACAGGAUAGUUUAACAAUGAGUUUGCUCGCUGAAACUUUACCAGCUAAUCGAGACACGCCGCUUUUUGAUUAUCCUUUCAAUGAGUUGCUUAUAUGGGCUGUGUUAACUAAACGACAGCAAAUGGCACUAUUAAUGUGGCAACAUGGGGAAGAAGCUUUAGCAAAAGCACUCGUUGCUCUUAAAUUGUAUAAGGCUAUGGCGCACGAGGCUGCUGAGGAUGAUCUUGAAACGGAAGUUUAUGACGAAUUGCGGAGUUAUGGGAAAGAAUUUGAAAAUAUUGCUUUGGAAUUGUUAGAUUAUUGUUAUCGUCAAGAUGACGAUCAAACGAAACAGCUAUUGACUUCUGAACUUCAAAAUUGGUCUGGUCAAACAUGUCUUUCAUUGGCAGUCACGGCUAAUCAUCGACCACUUUUAGCACACCCUUGUAGCCAAAUUAUUUUAGCUGAUUUAUGGAUGGGAGGUCUUCGUACGAGAAAGAAUACGAAUUUAAAGGUCAUACUUGGGUUAGUUUGUCCAUUUUAUAUAAUGUGUUUGGAAUUUAAAAGUCGCGAGGAAUUGCAGCUGAUGCCACAAACUCAGGAAGAACAUUUGAUCUCUCUCGAAGAUGAGAAAGAAGAUAGUGAUUCAGAGCAUGGUAUACCAACAGGUCCAGAUGUUGAGAAACGUCAGCGCAGGAGCCUGAGCGUACGCAACAAAUCCAGCAGCCAACAAGGCGCUAAGUUAUCAUCAAGGAAAACUUCUAUUUAUUCAGUAUCGGAAUCCGUACCGGCUUUAAUCAGCAAUGAACACACUACUGUCAUCAAGGAGACAAUUGUACAAGAAAAUGGUAAAGUACUGACAGAUAACGAUGAUGGAAUUCAUCGUACAUAUGGUAUAAACUCUGACUACUAUGACAUCAAGAACAGCAGGCCAUUGAGAUUGAGGAAAAAAUUAUAUGAAUUUUUUACAGCUCCCAUCACAAAAUUUUGGGCUAAUGCUAUAGCAUACAUUAUUUUCUUGGUUCUCUUCUCAUACUCCAUUCUCGUACUUAUGGAUGAUUAUCCAUCAUUAGCAGAGAUUUAUGCCAUUGCAUAUAUUUGUACAUUAGGAUGUGAAAAAGUACGAGAAAUAGCAACAUCUGAACCAGCUACUCUUUCACAUAAAUUUAGUGUUUGGGCAUGGAAUAUGUGGAAUCCUUGUGAUGCAGCUGCCAUUAUUUUUUUUCAAAUUGGUUUAGCUUUACGCUUAAGACACUCAACUCUCGAUGUUGGUCGUGUCAUCUAUUGCGUUGAUUCCAUUUAUUGGUACUUAAGGAUAUUGAAUAUUAUUAGCGUAAAUAAGUACUUUGGUCCUUUAGUUACAAUGAUGGGAAAAAUGGUGAAAAAUAUGACAUACUUUGUGGUACUUUUAAUAGUGGUAUUAAUGAGUUUUGGAGUCACUCGACAGGCAAUUUUGAACCCUAAUGCUGAACCGAAAUUGAGGAUUAUUCGUGAUAUAUUUAUGGAACCAUAUUUUAUGUUAUACGGAGAGGUGUAUGCCGACAACAUAGAUCCAGAUUGCGGGAACGAACCAGGAAUGGUUCCAUGUUUACCAGGCCGGUGGAUCACACCUACUGUAAUGUCCAUUUAUCUUUUAAUUGCAAACAUAUUGUUAAUAAAUCUUUUGAUUGCUGUAUUCAACAAUAUUUUCAAUGAAGUAAACGCGGUGGCGCACCAAGUUUGGAUGUUCCAACGUUUUACUGUUGUUAUGGAGUAUGAACAGAAACCUGUUUUACCUCCUCCGCUCAUUGUAGUUUCUCAUAUAUAUCUGGUGGCGAAAUAUUUGCUGCGAUAUGUAACACAAGGGAAAGCAAACACUGGUGAAACUUACGACAAUGGACUGAAGUUGUUCUUAGAGGCAGACGACAUGGAGCGUCUCUACGAUUUUGAAGAGGAUUGUGUUGAAGGAUACUUUCGUGAGCAAGAGCUGAAACUGCAAAUGUCUACAGAGGAACGUGUUAAAAUUACCACAGAAAGAGUGGAGAAUAUGCAUUCGAAGAUCGAAGACAUUGACAAAAAAGGGAAUACUCAAAAUGCAUCUCUUCAAGCAGUGGAGUUUCGUAUGCGCAAAGUGGAAGAAUUAAAUGAACAGAUUUUGGCACAUCUAGGAGUCAUCCACCGAUUCAUGGCUACUCACAUGCCCAACAUGGAGGGCUUAUCUAGUUUUGAUAUAGACGGUCGUCAGCGUAGGGUAUCAGAACGCUCAGAAGUUCUGUCAGAAACAGAUUCUCAUACCCAACUACCAGCCAUUGCGAUUAAACGUAAGAGAUUGGUUCGAUCGAUGACCGAUGGCACUUUCCUUAACCUAGGCCCAUCAAUAGAUGAUGAUGUGCUGAUGAAUGUGAAACAUUCGGAAACUGCUAUAUCCCGAGAGAACCUCAGUAGGAACGAGUCUUCUAUAAGUGGAGAUGGACACACUGUUCAAGAUGACAUAAAGACAAUCACAAGCCAGGAAACUGAAGCGAGCAAAGUAGAUGGUGAAGGAGAGACCCUAAAGAAGGAUUCGCAUUCUGACAGCAGAGAGGUAAGCAGAGAGCCAAGCAGAGAACCAAGUGGAGAGCCAAGUAGCAAAGAACCAAGUACGGAACCAAGUAGACAAACGAGUAGAGAAUUAAGUAGGGAAACGAGCAAAGAAGCUACAAGCAAAGAACCGAGCAGAGAAGCCAGCAGCGAAGCUCCAGCUUCGGAACCUAUUCCUAGGCAAGAUUCUACAGAACGACCUAUUAGACAAAAUAGUAGAACACGUUCAGAGUCAGAUGAUGUAACGAUUUUUCCACCAUCGAACAUAUCAAGAGGAGUAACGUGGGCUGAGCCACGUGUUGCAGUCAUUCCAUCGUCUUCAACAGGUAGCACGCAGAGGUCUAUUCUAUUAGCCAUGCAUGCAGAAUAUACAAGCAUAACGGAUGAGCUGGAGAGCUACUGUGGCCUUCUAAGUCCACCUCGAACACCGCCAAUUUCUCCACCACCUUCGAGAGCUAGAAACUUAUCCGAAAUGUCUAACCCUGAGAUGGCUUGGCAAAUUGAGAAUGAACAUCUACGUGAUGCUGAGGAGUGUGAUUACCAACAGAUGGAAGAUUUAAUACAGAGGAGGUACAUCGCAGAUGACGAGGAGCAUUUGCAUACUGAUGAAGCUACCCUCUUCAUAUCGAACGAACACAGGCACCAACUUCGAAGAGCUUCUGCCAUCGAUGAAGAGUCUCGAAGGCCUCCACCUACAAUUUGCGUGACCAGGGAGAUCGAGCAAACGCUUUCAAGGCCACCGAUCCGGGACUCAGAAAGCUCAGAUCCUAACGACAAGAAUCUGAGUACGGUACCUGCUCCAGCGUCAGAGACCAUGUGCUAAAUAUCAGUGCACUCGCAUCGAGGUAAACUAACCUCAAUAUAUUUUAUGAAUCAUUUAGGAAUUGAGGUAAUCUAUCCCCAAUACACUUUCCAAAUUGAUCUGACUCAAUAAGACAAUGCAAGUCAAGGUUACAGUGAAAUAUGUAUUUUCAGUUGGUAUUAUUUUUCUAACUGUUUUAACAUUGAAAUAUAGAGAAUCAAAUGAAACAGUAUUUUUAAACAAAGAAUGUUUUAAAAUUGUAUACUUGAUAUUUUAUCAUAGCACGUAAUUAUAACUAAAUGGAAUGCAUUUUUCUAAUUGUUUACUUAUAGUGCAAUAUAUUGUUGAGCUCAGAUCUGAAGAUCUUUUCUUAUAAUAUUUUAGCUGCAACUUUUGUAAUUUCUUUUUUGUGUAAUUUCUUCUCAUAGUUUAAUCAUUUUUAGCCAUAAAGUACUUAGUAUAUUAUAUAUUCAUAAUAAAUAUGCACAUGAAUACGUACAUAUAAAUAUUGAAGUUAUUUAGCUCAUAUUUGUGCUUGCUCAUAUUCGAAUUAAUUCGAAUAUUCAAGUGCUACACAUUAGAAUUAGCAAUUUUUAAUCUACUUUAAUCCAUUUGCUUUUUAAGUAACCAUUAAAUAUAUUAUAUACAAUUUUUUAAUCAUUUAUUCAUACAACACAUUUAUAUACUCGAAGAAAUCCACGUAUUUGAUAUAUAUGUUUAUGGUAAUUUAUUUAACAAUCAAUUUUAUAAGGCUUUCAAUGCUAAUAAACAAUAGAAAUUACGAUUUGUAUGUACAUUUAAUCUAACUAGUUGUUGACAUGUUUCUUACAAACAUACAACUGGCAGAAUUUAAUCAAUUAUUAUAAUUAAAUUAUUCAACAGUCAAUGUUGAAUUAACUUUUUUUUGGAAUAAUAUUUUUGAAUUUGUAGAGAAUGCUAAAUGCAUAUAUGCAGUUGCUACUAUUAAUAAUAUUAAUUACGAUAUUUAUGUGCAUAAUAAUUUAUGAUAUACUUAACGUCAGAAUACAUAUAGUAAUUGAAUCAAUUUAUCACAACACACGGCAGUUACUUCAAAUAUUCGAAAAAGAUUAUUCCUUCAGAUAAUCAGUGUACUUUAAUAACGACGAUUUAGGUACUUGAACCUUGUUAAUAUUAAUAAUAAUUGAAAUAUUCAAACUAGAUAAUUAAAUAAUCAUGUAGUUUGAAUAUUUAGAUGUCAGAAUAUUUUUUAAAUAUUAACUUUCAAAUACGACACACGUUCGUAAUUGUACUAUUCGUUGUACACUUCUUUGACUAUUCCAAUUGCAAUAGUAUUAACAUUUAUAACCCUCGAACAACGGAUGACUAAAAAAAACAGUCACAUGUAUCUUUUUUAGACUCUAUUUGUGGAAUUGUUAUACACAAAUUCUUAUAUUAUUAUGAACAUUUAUAAUUAUAUUUUUUUUAUUAAAUUUUACUAAAAUUGUACCUUCUUUCCAUAACAAAAAUUAUGGUUAUUGCAUAUAAAACUAUUAAAAUUAUAUUAGGAUCCUGUUGAAUAAUAAUUUACCAGUUACUAAUAUUAGUGAAUUAACAAGUUACAGAUACAUGUAGUGUUCUCUUUUUUUCACAAUUUGUCAACAAAUAGAGCGAUCAAGUAGUUUUUAAUUUAUGUAAAAGAAUUGUCUAAUUCUAUAUUAGGGAAUUUAUUAAUAUUAGUAAAUUGUAACUUGUAAAACUUCACUAAUAAUAUCAGUUAGAUUGUGCAAGAAGUACCUGAUAAUGAAAAUUAGAAAAUCAAAUCUUGUUAUUGAAAAUACGUUUCUUCGUUUUGUUGAUGAAUUUUAGAUGGUACUAUCAUAGUUGGUUGAGGGUUAAAAUUCAUUAAAUUAAUUUCUCCUUGACGUAUAAAACGGUAUAAACGUAUAAAACGUAUAUACGUGCCUACUUCAAUGGGACUUCUAACGACUUUUUUAAACAAGAAUAUGUUCCGUGGAAGGUUGCGUUGCCACCAUUUCUGUAAAUCAGGUAUAAUGUACUAUACAAAUGUUAUUCAAGUUCCUUCCAUUUUCUAUGUCAUGUAUUUUUCAAUUUUUUAUGCGCACAUACACACAAUUCGUUUGUUAUUGCAUAUUAUAGUAAUACGAAAGGAGUCGCUAUCGAAAACAUUAAUCUCCUCCCGUCCUUUAUCUUAAUCGAUGGAAUUAAUUUCGAUUUCUUCGGUUUUCUCGUUCUCCCGAAAGAAUUCUACUUCUAAGUAAAUACGAGAAACCCGUAUACACGAUGUUCUGAAAAAAGUGUCGUAUAAAAUAUUUACUAGACUGAGGAUGUUUAUGCGAUUUUAGAUUUUUGUAAACACAACUAAAGAAAGUGGAAUAUAAAUAGAAAUUUGUUUCAUGUACUAAAUAUUGUAAUAAAUACUCUACUUUGUAUAUUUUAUGCGUUCUGUAGAUUUUGCAUUUUUACAUGUCUAAAAAAUGCAUAAGUAUCCGGAGUCUAAUAAUUACAAAUUACCAAAAUAAUGUAGAAAAUCGCAAUAGAAUUUUCAUUUUAAGUAAAGAAUAUUAUAUUUUUAUUUUUAAUACCAUGAAGAUAUAAAAAAAAUAUCUGGUGAACUUAUGCAUAACUAUGCAGUGACCUUUGAACAAUUUAAUGUUUAGAAAAGAUUAAAGUUGAAGAUCGAUAUAUUUGUAACUAAUUAUUUAUAAACCAUGUUUGUAAUUCGUAUGACCAAUCGAUUAAAAAUCAUUACACGUGAACUUGUUUCAUGCAAUACCAUUGGCAACGAAUAUAAAGUGACCUUGAGAAAUUAAAUCAAAUAUAUUUCUUUUUUUACAUUUCAUGGUAUUCUGAAAUAAAAGUAUGUUAUUCUAUUUGAACAACGUAAGAAAAAAAAAAUGAUAAAAAAUAAUUAUUUUAGACGACACUUAUUUUGAUACACUCUGUAUAUACACGUAAAUAUUAUACAUAUGUCGACAUAACGAAAUCAAACGUUAUUUUAACAACGAUAAACUGUAAAAAAUCAAUAAUGCAGUUUCACCUACUUUUCACAAUUAAUCUUUUUUCCUUUAAGAGGAAACAUUUUGCAUUUUUUUUUACUAACAUUACUUUAGAAUAUCAUUAGUAUCAACGAGAAUAUCGUUAGAAUAAUGAAAGAAAGAAAGAAAUUAUCUGUUGUAAAAAUUAUAAAAAUUGUAAAUUGUAAAUUGUAAAAAAAAUUAUCUGUUAUAAAAAUUCGAUGCCAAUUUGUGUUCAGAGAUUCAGUAAAAAAAUUAGGUGAAACUCGAUUAUCGAAAUUUUCGAAGUACAUACAUACACACAUGUAUAGUGGUGCUGAUACAUUAUUUAAUGAACACCAGAAUCAACAUUUUUCAAGGUCGUGUUUGCAAGACCAGAAUGUAUAACUAAAACAUACACCGAAAGGGAUCGAAAACCGGCGUGUGCUUAAUCAAAUAUUAGAUACUUACAAUUAGUAUAAAAAUAAAUCGUAUACAGUACUGCCUUAUAACGAGUUAGUUGAAAUUAAAUCUGGCCAGUUAACAAACGAGAGUUUAUUCCAGGAAUUUUAUUCUUUGGGUAAAAGAAAUGGAUAGCAUGAUACAAUAACAUUCGAUAUUUAGAUUGCUUUCAGAGUUUGUAGAUAGUCUACAUAAAAACGAUAACGGCAGUCAGUUACCAAGACGUAUCAGGUUACUAAGACCGGUCAAAAUGGCAGUACUGUGAGUUACAAAUCUAUAGAAAAAAAUUGUACUGGCUUUAGAUGCGAUUUCGUUUCGAUAAACCACUAUCCGAGAUAUUAUUUCGGAUCCGAUAACGAGAUCGAUUUUUAAUGUAAAUAAUUUCCCCAAUAUUUCUCCAAUCACAUGUAAAUGUGUAAUAUUCAGCUUUAUUAUCUUCUAGACACGUGCGAAUUGCAAAACUAAAGCAAGUUAAAUCGUUUAACUGUAGUGCUUGACAAAAAUAUUACAGUUACAUUUAGCUUAUUAUUGUAGAGGUGUUUUUUCCUUAAUUUUGGUGCUAGAAAUAAAUAACCCAAAGGAAAAAACUGAAGAAAUAAUCGGUGAAAUAAUUUAGAUACGAAUUACAAUUAGGCUACGAAAAAUUAUCUUUUCGUAAAAACAACGUUUGUUCGUAUGGAGCUCUGUUGCUCCGUUCUCGAGAAACUCGAGCUUGAAUAUUCGUUAAAUACGCGUGCACUUAACUAGCCUCAGUCUUUUUAGUUUACCAGAUCUAGCUAACUACCGCUACUUUUAUUUAUGUUUAUAAAUAAUAUUAGUCGAGGUCUGGUACAAUUAUAAACAAUGUAAUUAGUAUCUUUGACUAGUCUAUUGUCUUAUCUAUUUUAAUUGUUUACAAAUUUCUAGAAGCGUUGCACAUAUAGAUUCUUGCUCGGCGUGUUAAAGAAGCGUGAACCGGUGAUAAUGUGUUAAUUAGUUGAUACUAUAUGAAAAUAUUUUAUAUAUAAAUUAUUUUCACUACGGAGGAGGAAACUAAGGUCCGGUAUAGAUGAACGGUUUGCGAGAACGUCACCAGCGUGACACUCUUUUGCUGCGUUUUAGAAUAGCAUAGAUUUAUAUAAAGUAGUUUACACGGGAACGUAAAACGCAGCGGCAAAUUAACGCAAAAAUUGGACGCAUAAACACAGUGGGAGAUCACGCUAUCGGCGGUUACGCUGUCACAAAUCGCUCGUCUGCACCGGGCCUAAAUGGAAUGUUAUGCGACUCGUACUGAUCUAUAUAUGUUCAUAAUUCUCGCAUAGCUGCGUAUAAUAAACGUAUUAUAAAUUGUUAAAUUUGUUAAAUUGUCAAAUUGUUAAAUUGUAUAAAUUGCCAGAUGUUAUCAAAUGAUUCGCACGUGUCUAUCAUCGUUACUGCCGAAAAGUUUUUAUGAAUUUUUUGAAUGUACAUUUAGGGCCUUAUCACGCACUACCUGCUGCGUCAAACACAAAAUUUACGGACCAUUUAAAACCAAGAAAAAGAAACAACAAAAGUAAAAAAAAAAGUAAUACGAAUAAACAAAGCGAACCAUAUCACGCGGAUAAUUACGUUCCUAAGAACGAAAGCCAAUCCGUGUUAGUAUGUACGAUAUGCAAAUGAUAAGCGAAAACACGUUUGAUAUUUAUCAUCUAACGUAAAAGUAACAAAAAAAAAAAAAAAAAAAAGAGACAUAAACGAUAAACAAACGAAUAUGCCUAAUUGUAUAAAAAUUGUGUAUAGUUCGUAAACAUUUUAAAAUGAGAACAGAGCGAGAGUACGAGGCAAAUUUAAGACUGUAUCACAAGGAAAUAAUAUGUUUACUUAUUUUAUUCUAGAAUCAGUAAAUAAACGAGAGUGCGAUGAAUUGUUAAUACGAAUCCGACAUAGGUAGUGAUGCAAUGUCUGUAUCCAGAAAUGUUAGAUGUAUUGUUAAAUUCGAGAUAUUUCUUGAGAAAAUAUGAUCUUUGAUUGAAAAAUCGAAUUUAGCGAUACGACCACGCUAACUAAUUUUAAUUAAAAGUAAUAGAUUUGUAUCCAUUUAUACCUCGAAUUCAUGUUACUUUUAUUAUACUGGUAGAAUGAUGGAUCUUAACCUUAAAAUCAAAAGAUUAACCUCCAUAAAAACUACCUAUUUCCGUAUAAUAAUAACAUUUUCCGUUAUUGAUAGUAUUAUUAUUGUUGUAUACGCUAAAUUGUUGAUUCAGACAAGAAUUAACCAAUUGAGUUUCUCGACAUUGCCCAAUGAAUCAAAGUGAUAUUUGCGAAAAGAAAAGAUUUGUGAAAUAAAACGAAAAGGUGCUAUCGUGUAAAUCGAGCCUUACGUAAUUGGAAUUAAGCAACGAACACGCUUGCGAUUUAUCGUCGAUAAAUGUAUUGUAUAGUAUUUCUAUAAGAAGCUUCGUUACAGGUAUAAUCAUUCGAUAAAUACCUAAUCGCUCAAAAAAUACUUUCGAAGACAUCUCUUCCCUUCCAUUCUAUCUUCCGUAGUAGACUAUUUCAAGCUAACAUUAGUUCUGCUAUCAAAUUGUUUCUCGACAGCUUUUAAGAUUUUAUCAAUAAGAAAUUGAUACCAUCGAUGAAUCGAAUAGCGGAAGAAAUAAAGUGAAGAUAGGUUGGUGCUUCGUUAAUUAUGCAGUUUAACAACUUUAAACUGCAUAAUUUAUACAGUCAUUAUCUAAAUAUGUUAAACACGAAGUUAAUUUUGUUUUGCUCUCCAUUUAAGGCGGAAUGUUCUAGGUAUGCUCAAUGCGCGCGUCUGCGUCAAAAGCAGUCAAACUCAAAUCGCGUGAUAAAUCAGAUACUGCGAAAACAAAAGCAUACUUUUUCAUUGUAAAGGUACAAAUGUGCCCGACGGAUGCGUCAAAUACCGGCUGCGAUAUCGCAGUGAGAUUGAUCGCGUUGCUCGUGUGACUUGGGUUUAAAACUGCUUUUGACGCAAACAUGUACGUACAUUGGACGCACAGGAUGCAAAGGAAUUCUCGUCUUUAAGCAGUGCGGUGUGUUAAUACAGAAAACGCGUCCGUGGUAGUCCGUGUACAAAUAAAAAAUUCAGUGUCGGUUCCCAGGAACAAACUGACAAAAAUGUCGUUUAACGCGUUAAUGGAAGACCUGAAAUGAGUUGUAAUUUUGAAUAGUACAAAAGUAACGAAAGUAAAUGUAAGUUUGUGACGAGUGUGAAAAAAGUAAAAGUUGAAUGGCUUUUCCUUACGCACCGUUAUCGAAUAAAUUUUGGACACUUCGCUAUAUUUCCUUUAAUUAAUAGUUUAUCCAGCAUCUAAAUCACCGUGCUUUAGGUUAGGUAACGUCCAUUAGGUUUUACCUGUAAGUUCAUAUGGUACAAAAUCAAGUUUGCUCAACAUAUCUUAUGCAUCAUACGUAGGACAUGUGCAAGUUAACUUGUGCUUUAAAUCGACAUUUUUCCUUUCAAGCUAGAGAUAAAAUAAAGAAUACAUGGAAGCAUGGAAAUUAUUUUAAUCUUAUUUGUUUCAUUUCCUUUAACAUCCUAAAUUCGAUUUGUAGUUUGAUGAAAAUUUUAAUAAAGCUGCUUUUGUAUUUUUAUUUCAUGUUAUGAAAAUACAAAUUGCUCACACAUGUCCGUCAAAAUUACGUGAUUAAUGCAGAAAGCACAUUAUAUCAUGUUCGUAAGUAAAUGCGUGAUAUUUCAUUGUCACAGUAUAUUAUCCUCUUGUGCACUACUCAAAACAAUUACAAAUCAUUCGAUAAACUCAUUAUGUCGUUAAAAUAUACGCAUACUCAAAAUCUCUUUAACUGGUUAACCUGUAUAAGCAAUAAAAUCAAAAUAUUAGUCAAAUAUCCUAUCAAGAAAGCGAUCAAUAAGUAGAAUAUAUGUAGUAUAUUAUUAAUCUAUGAAAGAAUAUAUAUACAUACACAUUUAUUAUAAAAUAUAAAAGAUAUAACUAUAUGUAUGUAAUCAAUAUAUACUUAUUUUUUCUUGGAUGCAUUAUAUGUACGUUUAUGAAAUUUCAAUGCAAUAAUUUCCUCAUUUACAAAGUUCAAUUAAAUCUCCAUCAUUUACUAACCUUACUUAAUUGUUUUGAGUAGUGUAUCUAUUUCAUUAAGAAGAAAAAUAAGUCUCACAGCUUAUAAAAGGAUUAACAUGUUUCGUGCACGAACACAAAACUCGAAAACGAGAUUUGAAAAAUGGAAAAACGUUUGAUGUAAAGAAUAUAAUAUUUUUAGGAUAGUUGAUAUAUCGUUCAACAAUGUUCCUCCGCUUCGUUACCUUUGUACGAUAUUAAUGAUAACGAUUUCGUAUAAAUAUGUACAGACAAAGACGAAUAAAGGUAAUGAACACGCAAAAUAAAAUACCACGCAGAGACAGACGGUAGGAAAUGCUCUACUGCGUUUUAUGUUCAAUCGGGAACUGUAUCAUUUUGUGUUUUUAAUCCUUGAGAGAGGCAAGUGAAUGGAUUAUUGGAAUGUUGCGUAAAGCGAAACAAUAAUCAGACAAUAAAAAACAAUCAUCUGUGAAGGGAAACGUCGCGUUACAAAUUUGAAGAUUUUGCUCAUCUUCGAUGACCGGAUUAAAAAAAAUAAAAAACAAAAUGAAACCUUCAAACUUCUUGCGUCUUCUUGCGAUAUGUCGUCCCUUUGAAGUUAUCUUGUUAAUUCGGUCAGUGUUCAUAAAGACGGAUACUCACCGGCGAACAGUACACGAACACUGUUAUUCACUUGUAAUCACUUGUAAUUACAAAAUUAUAAAUGAUUCAAACUAUAUCAUGUUUGAUCUUAUUUUAAUUCAUGAACAAAUGUCAUGAAUAAGGCAUGAAUUUGUUAAGUCGUUGCUCUAGUUCUUAUUUACAGAUAAAAGUUUUAUUUAGACUUUAUAUUUCAUGUAAUUGUAUAUGAUCAUAUAGAGUUAGAAGUUAAGAGAACUGAAUAUUUUUUAUUUGCUAAGUAGAAUUUUCGUCAUAUCGAUGAGACAUAUGUGCAUUAGCUAAUUACAUUCUUUAGAAAAAUGGGGUUAGGACAGUUAAGAAGUAGGGCAACGAAGUGUUUACAAGAAGAUUGCGUAAUGGUUAUGAAAUAUCUGGGAACGGUAUUCGUGAGAUGUUAGCCGGUGUGGAUGUCACUUUCAACUUCUCAUCGCGAACAAAGGAUUUCUAUUCCCACACUUUUCGAGUUCAAGUUCGAGUUUGUAUUUUCUCUUGAUAUGCAGAGUCCUAUAUUGUUCGCGCACGCUGGUGGAGACGCAUUUUACGCGAUCGUUUUCCUGUAUUGCUGUUACAAUCACUAGUCGUCAAGAGUAAUCGUAAUCGACAAGGAUUAAAAUCACAAACACGAGAAACUGUCUGUCACACUUUUCGACCUGUAUAUAUUGUCUGUACCGAUAUUGUAAAUACACUCGUUUGUUCACCUACACAAUCAAUUGUAUACAUAUACUGAUGCAAUGUAAUUAACAGAAAGAGAUCUCGAACUGUUCGUUGUUCCACGACACAGCUGAACACGCGUACAUUGAUCUUUUUUUUGCUCGAUCUUUUGAUCACAGAAAUGCUGAAUGAUUGCGAUGGACAUUUUAAAAUUUUGUUCGGUGAGAAAUGAUCUAGUAUUUUUUAACAUAAAUAUUGAUAGAUUCAAGAAGAGAUAGAAUUUCUUCUCCUUUUUGUCUAUUUGUUUCACAUUAAAUUUUUAUAAAAGACAUCUAUGUCUUUUGGGAUAUUUUCUUAAACAUUUUCAACGUCGAAACUCUUUUUUAAUUAAGAUAAUGGGACAAUUGAUCUUUGAACAUUGUAAUUUCUUUCUUUCGAAAUAUAUAAUUGUGUAUUUGCAAUCGUUCAACAUUAACGAAUAAAAUUUUUUUAUUGCUUACCAAAAAAUGUUCUGAUUGACUAUAUAUCAUUGUAUUGUCAAUUACAGUUUAUAAGAUACUUUGUAGCAAUUUUUAUCUCCUAAAUGGAUUCAAUCUAUUCCGUCUUUUUACACAUUCAGCACGCUUAUUAUUGUACAUGUAUAUUAUAACGAUUCUCGAGUCUAGUUAAUCUAAAAGGAAACGCCGUACCAAAUUAGGCUAAUUUGCUUACUUGCAAUGUAUUGCUGUAAAUUCGAAUCUCAAUCUGUAUUGAUUGGGAUGGUUAAGAGAAAGCAAUCGACUGUAAUAACAAAAAAAAGUACAUAGAUAAAUAAAUAUAUAUAUAUACCCUUGUAGUCCGGUAUGAAAAUAAAUUGAUUAAAAUAUAUAUAACUGA